AUGAUGUGCUUCAGUCAGAGCCUAGGGAUCGGCCUGUUCUUACAAAACGGUCGGGCAAUACACUACGCUGGCCCAGGCCUGGCAACGUUGGCCUACUUUCUUGCCGGGACUGUAAUUUGGUCAAGCGCGGCUUGUCUGGGAGAAAUGACCGCUCUGUUUCCAAUCAAAGGGCCUAUAUAUCAACUUCCAAAACGUUUUCUGGACGAGUCGGUUGGCUAUGCAGCUGCUUGGAUGACCUGGUUCGGCUGGAUUGUGUUGAUAGCGGCAGAACUAGUAGCAAUCACGCACAUGUUCCAUUUCAACUACCCGAAAGACCUGCUAGAGGCUGCUCACUACCCUACAUCGUCCCUGUCGUUUUCACCUUCGGUUGCACCCGCCGUUUUGAUACUAGCAUUUAUUCCGGUGGUCUUGUUGCUUAAUUUCCUGCCUGUUAAGCAUUUUGGGCAGCUAGAGUACCUCACGGGCUGCGUAAAGAUGAUAUUUUUGAUCAUGAUGAUCGUUAUGAACACCGUGCUCCACUCCAUGGAACGCGUGCCUGGAGAGAAACGAUUCUGGACGUACAACGAGCCCUACUCGUGGGCAGCGUCAAACAUCACGCUGGCCGAUAGACAUUCAGUGGUGACCGGUGGGGUCGGACGGCUCGCAGGCUUGUGGGAAGCAAUGACAACAGCCAUAUUUGGACUUAUCGGGGUGGAAACGGUGGCGAUCACUGCAGCCGAGAACAAAGAUCUACGCAACGAAGAAACGGUCAAGAUUGCGACGAGAAAGAUAUGUCUUCGACUGAUCCUCUUGUACACUCUUGCCACCUUCACGGUCGGACUGAACGUUCCGUACACGUACCCCACGAUAUCAGAUCCAAGUGUCAUUUCGUUUGGGUAUGGUGAAAAUUCCGCUUUCGUCGUUUCUAUGGUCUUGAAUCGUCUCAACGGUUGGCCCCUGGUCGUCAACAACUUUGUCAUUUUUUCUGCACUCUCUGCGGGAAUAAAUGGCUGCUACAAUGCCUCGAGGACUUUACACGCUCUGGCCAGCGAUCGCAAUGCGUGGCCUGACUGGAGCCCUGUACAAGCGCUGAGGACCCGACUCGAAAGGACUCAUUACGGCGUACCCUAUGUCGCUGUGUUGGUCAGUUGGCUCUUUGGUUGGCUCGCCUUUUUAGGAAGCACCGAAAACUCUGCAGUAGUUCUGGGCCGUCUGGUUCGCUGCGUUACGGUCGCCAUCCUCAUCGUCUACGGCGUCGUCUGCCUCACAUACCUUGAAUUUUACAACAUUGCUCACGCAGCGAACGGCGACGAUGAAAACGUGAACGACAAAGACGAUCCCGAAGUCCGCCAGCAGUUUGAUAGAAACAGCGCUGGCUACCCUUACAAGUCUCACGGUCAGUGGCUCCGUGCGUGCUUUGCUCUGUCAGGCUGCUUCCUGCUGGUUUUCUUUAACGGCUGGAGGUCGCUCACGCCCCCGGUGAACACGGGUGAUUUCUUGGGAUGCUAUAUCAGCAUUCUUAUCUUCAUGGCUUUCAUCGUCAUGUAUCAGAUCAAGUUUCACGGCUGGAACCCGCUCAACUGGCGAAGGCGUGCUUCUCGGGAGCUGCAAAAUCCACAGCCCCUCGUGGUCACGAAUCUGAAGCGACGAGGAAGAAUAAACCUGGAGAGCACAGAUACUUUGUUCACCGUGGGAAACUUUAAUGCUCUCUUGCAUUGGCUCUGGAUCUGGUUGAAAUAG